AUGGAUUUCAUACCCGAGAACAAAUUGCUCAAGUUCAACCCGGACACGCUGCAAGCAGUCCGGAAAGAAAUAAACUUGGACAACCCUGGAGAGAUGAAGCAAGCUGUUAAUAUUCUUAGAGAGUGGAUACAGCAACAGCCACAUUUUAAGAAAAAAGAUUUUGGUGACCAUCUCUUAGAGGUAGUAAUAGUUUCUGGUAAAGGUUCGAUGGAACGCGCAAAGCGACAGAUGGACAAAUUGUGCACCAUGCGCAGUUUAUGGCCACACUUUUUUAAUGUUGAAGAUAUUAGGACUGAAUUUGCAGACACUAUAAAUAAUGGUUCCCUAGCUUUGAUGCCAAAUCUUACGAAGGAACACCAUCGCCUCAUAGUCAUCAAUAAAGCGAAACCAGAAACGACUUCGAAUAUGCUAUUACAGCAUUACCGGUUGGGAGUUUGUACAUCCGAUUACCUAAGAGCUAACGACUAUGUGAACAGCUACCAGUACAUUCUGGACCUGCGGCAAGCUAACAUGGCUGACUUCCUUACUUCUUUUAAUCUUACCGACUUCCGGCAGAUAUACACUAUCCUCGUGGACUGUUACGGAAUGCGUAUAAAAGGAAUUCACAUCGUCUCCAAUUCGAAGUUGAUCGACACCUUCAUCGGAAUACUAAAGCAGUUUCUGAAGCCGAAACUAAUAGCCCGUUUGCGUCAUUAUAAUGAUAUCGACGAGCUGGUGAAUGUCAUCGGAGCUGAAUACCUCCCGAAAGAGUUUGGUGGUACGGAAAGGUCAAUACGAGAUAUUCAAGAAGACUGGAUCGAAGAGUUAUCAUCUAAAAGAAACAUGGAGCGCAUGCGCGAGAUGCGUGAAGCCUGCACAGAUGAAAGUCUACGACCCAAGGGAAGUUUCAGCGAAGACUACGCUGGGAUGCCGGGCACCUUCAGGCUGCUAACUGUGGAUUAG